ACAGCAGGCCCAUGCGGCGUGAUCUUCACACUCCAAUCGCCUCAAAGAAGGUGCAGCAAAUGCAUUCACAUGAGCGCGAGAUGGAAAAAGGAAGGAUCCUUCGAAUAGAUGAAGCGUCUGGGACAUCUGAAGCCGAAAAGAUGAAUCUGCUGGGGGCGCUAGACUACAUUAACUACCCCACGAAGGUCGUAUUCCGCUCCUGCAAGCUCAUCCCGACCAUGGUUAUCUCCAGCGUCAUGAAUCAGAAGCCGUUCAAGGGCGUCGAGUAUGCCGCCGCCGUGGCUGUUUGUGUCGGGCUUAUCCUCUUUGCCUUCGCAGAUGUCCGAGUGGCGCCAUCUUUUUCGCCCUGGGGCAUCACUCUCGUUUCCCUCUCUGUGGUCUGCGACGCCGUGCUGCCCAAUUUGCAAGAGCGGCUCUUUGCGGAGGGAUCGUCCCGCCUGGAAGUCACCUUCUACUCCAACAUAUUGACGCUGGGCCUCAUGUCCGUCUCCACACUGCUCUCGGGUGACCUUCUUGGAGCCCUCGCCUACGCCCAAGCCGACCACAAGGCCGCCGUCCUCCUCCUUGUCUAUACCUUGCUCGCCUAUGUCGCCAUAUCCCUUCACAUGGCUUUGGUCAAAUCGUUCGGAUCGGUGGCUGCAGUCCUGGUGGGGAACAGCCGGAAAACCAUGACGAUCUGCCUCUCCUUCCUCUUGUUCCCUAAACCCUUCUCGAAUUUAUACGUGGUGGGCGGCAUGCUGGUCUUGGCAGGACUGACCGUCUCCGUAUACGUGAAAAACAUGGACAAAAAGAAGGGUGCUGACGAUGCGGUCUUAAAUUGUAAAGGGGAAGUGGUUGGUCCUACGGCAGUGGGCAACGGAGGGUUGAUUCAGCAAUAGUACUUGCGAAAAGAGAACGAAGGAACGGGCUUGGCGUCGAAAGGACAAGGAAAGGCGGGGUUGUUUUAAGAACAACUCUGAGUUUGUCGAUGGAUGACGGGCUUAUAGUCACGUCACAUGUAUAUCGAAAUAGAAUGGAUCGUCCGAUCGUGAAACAAGAAAGUACCACCUUGCAAUGGUGCAGCUUA